AUGGCUCCGGUGCAAGAGCUCCCCUCAACGGGCGACGAAGAUGUAACCAUGGCUGAUGCCGUCGAGUACCAGCCUUCUGACGAUGCGCGAGAGGAUCAAGAUAUGAAGGAAUAUCAAGAUACGCCGGACUACACGGAUUCCGAUACAAACCCCAAUACCACCGCAAGUAGUGUUGCUGGCGAUACUGCUCCAGAUGGAAGGAAACGAAGGACAGAGGCCUUCCAGCUACGCAAAAGUGUCCUUGGUAAAAAACACGGACGUCUUGAUGAGUCAAUGGAAGAUGAUUCCAUUCGACGAUUCCGCUAUCUGCUCGGAUUAACUGACUUAUUCCGCCACUUUAUCGAUACUAAUCCUAACCCACGGAUCAAGGAGAUCAUGGCCGAGAUCGAUCGCCAGAAUGAAGCGUCAUCAGGUUCGAGGAAAGGAGCUACCAGAAAGGGCGGCGCCGCAGGAGAACGCCGACGAAGGACAGAACAAGAAGAGGAUGCGGAGCUUCUGAAAGACGAGAAACGAGGAGGAAAGACGGAAACCGUCUUCCAACAAUCGCCUUCAUUCAUUCAGGGGGGUGAAAUGCGUGAUUACCAGAUCGCUGGUCUGAACUGGCUGGUUUCGCUACACGAAAACGGUAUCUCAGGCAUAUUAGCUGACGAGAUGGGCCUUGGAAAAACUCUCCAGACUAUCUCGUUCUUGGGAUAUCUUCGACAUAUCUGCGGAAUCACGGGCCCUCAUCUAGUUGCCGUCCCAAAGUCGACUCUGGAUAACUGGAAACGAGAGUUCGGUAAAUGGACACCCGAUGUCAAUGUCUUGGUUCUGCAGGGAGCCAAGGAUGAACGCCACCAACUCAUCAAUGAGCGCCUUGUCGACGAGAAAUUCGAUGUGUGCAUCACCAGUUACGAGAUGAUCCUUAGAGAAAAGUCGCAUUUGAAAAAGUUCGCCUGGGAGUACAUUAUUAUCGAUGAAGCGCAUCGAAUCAAGAACGAGGAGUCGUCCCUCUCUCAGAUCAUUCGCGUGUUCAAGUCCAGAAACCGGCUUUUGAUCACGGGAACUCCUCUGCAGAACAACCUCCACGAACUAUGGGCAUUGCUAAACUUCCUGCUUCCUGAUGUGUUCGGUGACUCUGAGGCCUUUGACCAAUGGUUCUCUAACCAGGAGGCAGACCAGGACACAGUCGUUCAGCAGCUACACAGAGUGCUUCGCCCGUUUUUGCUUCGUCGAGUGAAAAGUGAUGUGGAGAAGAGUUUGCUUCCAAAGAAGGAACUCAAUCUCUACGUUGGCAUGUCAGAAAUGCAAGUCAAAUGGUACCAGAAGAUUCUUGAAAAGGAUAUCGAUGCAGUCAACGGCGCUCAGGGCAACCGGGAAUCCAAGACCAGGCUUCUAAACAUCGUCAUGCAGCUGCGCAAGUGCUGCAAUCACCCUUAUCUAUUUGAAGGAGCAGAGCCAGGCCCUCCUUAUACCACAGACGAGCAUCUUAUUGACAAUUCAGGAAAGAUGGUCAUCCUAGACAAGUUGCUCACUCGUUUGUUCAAGCAAGGCAGCAGAGUAUUGAUCUUCUCACAGAUGAGCCGUGUUCUCGAUAUUCUAGAGGAUUACUGUGUGUUCAGAGGUCAUGAAUACUGUCGAAUUGACGGCUCAACCGCACAUGAGGACCGUAUUCAGGCAAUUGACGAGUACAACCGCCCAGGCUCUGAGAAAUUUGUAUUUCUUCUUACCACACGUGCCGGUGGACUGGGUAUCAACUUGACAACAGCUGAUAUCGUCAUCCUGUUCGACAGUGACUGGAACCCUCAGGCCGAUCUCCAGGCUAUGGACCGAGCUCACCGUAUUGGCCAAACCAAGCAGGUUGUUGUAUUCAGGUUUAUCACCGAGAAGGCCAUUGAGGAAAAGGUGCUGGAACGAGCAGCCCAGAAACUCCGACUGGACCAGCUUGUCAUUCAACAGGGUCGCGCUCAGCAGCAGGCUAAAAACGCAGCUUCCAAGGAUGAACUUUUGAGCAUGAUCCAGCACGGCGCUUCUGAUGUGUUUAGCUCUACCGGUGGCACCUUCGGCAGUGGCAAGGACAUUUCCGAAGAUGACAUCGAGGCCAUAUUGAAGAAAGGCGAAGAACGCACCGCUGAGCUCAAAAACAAAUAUGAAAAGCUUGGAAUUGAUGACCUGCAGAAGUUCUCCUCCGAGAAUGCCUAUGAAUGGAACGGAAAGGACUUCACCAACCGUAAGAAGGAUAUCGGUUUGAACUGGAUCAACCCCGCCAAACGAGAGCGCAAGGACCAGUCAUACACCAUUGGAAGCUUCUACAAGCAGACUUUUACAAAGCCCUCUGAGCCAAAGGCUAAAGUACCUAAGGCACCAAAACAGACAACUAUUCAUGACUGGCAAUUCUUUCCCCCUAAGCUUCAGGAGUUGCAAGAUAAAGAGACCGCAUACUUCCACAAGGAGAUUGGUUACAAAGCUGCACUGCCUGAUGGCCCCGAAGAAUCAGUCAGUGACAGGGAAGCAGAACGUGAACUUGAGCAGCAAGAGAUCGACAACGCUGUGCCUCUCACCACAGAAGAGCAAGAGGAGAAGACCAAGCUAUCCACGGAAGGGUUUUAUAAUUGGAAUCGAAGAGACUUCCAGCAAUUUAUCAACGGUUCUGCUAAGUUUGGACGCACCAGUUAUGAAGAUAUGGCUACCGAAGUGGACAGCAAAACCCCUGAAGAGAUUAAAGAAUAUGCUAAAGUGUUCUGGAAAAGAUAUACUGAGAUUAUUGAUUAUCCAAAGUAUAUCCGCAUCAUUGAACAGGGUGAGGAGAAGAUGAGGAGAAUGAACCAACAACGCAAGCUCCUCCACAAGAAAAUGGGACAGUACCGUGUUCCCCUCCAGCAGCUGAAGAUCAACUACACCGUCUCAACAACCAACAAGAAAGUAUACACAGAAGAAGAAGAUCGUUUCUUACUUGUUAUGCUUGACAGGCACGGUGUUGAUGGAGAGGGCCUAUAUGAGAAGAUCCGUGACGAGAUCCGGGAAAGCCCCCUCUUCCGAUUUGAUUGGUUCUUCCUAUCCCGUACUCCAGUUGAAAUUGGCAGAAGAUGCACCACCCUCUUGAACACAAUUGCCAAAGAGUUUGAGGGUGAUACUAAAGAUACUAAUGGAGACAAUAAAUCCAAAGCACGCACGCGGGAUGAAGAGACAGAAAAUGGGGAUGAUAAUGGCCCAGCAAAGAAGAAGUCAAAGGGCGCUGCCCCUGCGGUGAAUAAAAAGCUGAAAGCCGUUCAGUCAAAUAGCAAGGCGACUUCAACUAAUACCUCAAGAGCAGGGAGCGUCUCCUCAUCUGGCCCAACCUCUAAGAGCAAAUCAAAGAAGCGAUAG